GGCCGUGCCCGCGCGGCGGCGGCCCCAGCCCCAAGCCAGGGGGGCUCGGUUCGGUUCUGUUCGGUUCGGUUUUGUGCGGCUCGGUUCGGCUGUCUUCUGUUCGGUUCGGCUCAAGACCGGCUCCGCUCUCCGCCGCCUCCAUGGAGCGCCGGCCGCGCCGCCUCUGAUGCCCGGCCCGGCGCGCACCAUGGGGCCGCUGUGGCUCUGCUGGCUGCCCCUCGCCCUCCUGCCCCUGCUCGCCGCUGUAGAAGAGACACUGAUGGACUCCACGACAGCAACAGCAGAGCUGGGCUGGACAGUGCAUCCUCCCUCAGGGUGGGAAGAGGUGAGUGGGUACGAUGAGAACAUGAACACCAUUCGCACCUACCAGGUGUGCAACGUCUUUGAGUCCAGCCAGAACAACUGGCUCCGCACCAAGUACAUCCGCAGGAGAGGAGCUCACCGCAUCCACGUGGAGAUGAAAUUCUCCGUGCGGGACUGCAGCAGCAUCCCCAACGUCCCGGGUUCCUGUAAGGAAACUUUUAACCUCUACUAUUUCGAGUCGGACUUCGACUCGGCCACCAAAACUUUCCCGAACUGGAUGGAGAACCCUUGGAUGAAGGUGGACACGAUCGCCGCCGACGAGAGCUUCUCACAGGUGGACCUGGGUGGCCGGGUGAUGAAAAUCAACACCGAGGUGAGGAGUUUCGGGCCCGUCUCCAAGACGGGUUUCUACCUGGCCUUCCAGGACUACGGGGGCUGCAUGUCCCUCAUCGCCGUCCGCGUCUUCUACCGCAAGUGUCCCCGCGUCAUCCAGAACGGGGCCGUCUUCCAAGAAACCCUCUCGGGAGCCGAGAGCACCUCGCUGGUGGCAGCCCGGGGGACGUGCAUCAGCAACGCCGAGGAGGUGGAUGUCCCCAUCAAGCUCUACUGCAACGGGGACGGGGAGUGGUUGGUGCCCAUCGGCCGCUGCAUGUGCCGCCCGGGCUACGAGUCGGUGGAGAAUGGGACCCUCUGCAGAGGCUGUCCAUCAGGGACGUUCAAGGCCAGCCAAGGGGAUGAAGGAUGUGUCCACUGCCCCAUUAACAGCAGGACCACCUCGGAAGGGGCCACGAACUGCGUGUGCCGGAACGGAUAUUACCGGGCAGAUGCUGAUCCCAUUGACAUGCCAUGCACCACCAUCCCCUCUGCCCCCCAGGCUGUCAUCUCCAGUGUGAAUGAGACCUCUCUGAUGCUGGAGUGGAGCCCCCCCAGGGAUUCAGGGGGCCGGGAGGAUCUGGUCUACAACAUCAUCUGCAAGAGCUGCGGGUCGGGGCGCGGGGCCUGCACCCGCUGUGGGGACAACGUGCAGUUUGCCCCCCGCCAGCUGGGACUGACUGAGCCCCGAAUCUACAUCAGUGACCUCCUGGCACACACCCAGUACACCUUUGAGAUCCAGGCAGUCAAUGGUGUCACCGACCAGAGCCCCUUCUCCCCACAGUUUGCCUCGGUGAACAUCACCACCAACCAAGCCGCCCCUUCAGCUGUCUCCAUCAUGCACCAGGUCAGUCGCACCGUGGACAGCAUCACCCUCACGUGGUCCCAACCUGACCAACCCAACGGAGUCAUCCUGGAUUAUGAGCUGCAAUAUUAUGAGAAGGAACUGAGCGAGUUAAAUUCCACGACAGUGAAGAGCCCCACCAACACUGUGGCAGUGCAAAACCUCAAAGCUGGCACCAUCUACGUCUUCCAGGUGCGGGCACGUACUGUGGCUGGGUAUGGCCGCUAUAGUGGGAAGAUGUAUUUCCAGACCAUGACUGAAGCUGAAUACCAGACCAGUGUCCAGGAGAAGCUGCCCCUGAUCAUCGGCUCCUCGGCGGCAGGACUGGUGUUCCUCAUCGCUGUGGUCGUCAUCAGCAUCGUCUGCAACAGAAGACGUGGAUUUGAGCGCGCCGACUCCGAGUACACUGACAAGCUGCAGCACUACACCAGUGGGCACAUGACUCCAGGGAUGAAGAUUUACAUCGAUCCCUUCACUUACGAAGAUCCCAACGAGGCUGUCAGGGAGUUUGCAAAAGAAAUUGACAUCUCGUGUGUCAAAAUCGAGCAGGUGAUUGGGGCAGGGGAGUUUGGGGAGGUGUGCAGUGGACAUCUCAAGCUUCCUGGCAAAAGGGAGAUCUUUGUGGCCAUCAAGACCCUGAAGUCUGGGUACACGGAGAAGCAGAGGAGAGACUUCUUGAGUGAAGCCAGCAUCAUGGGGCAGUUUGAUCACCCCAACGUCAUCCACCUGGAGGGGGUGGUGACCAAGAGCUCACCAGUCAUGAUCAUCACUGAGUUCAUGGAGAACGGCUCGCUGGACUCCUUCUUGCGGCAAAACGAUGGGCAGUUCACAGUGAUCCAGCUGGUGGGAAUGCUGCGGGGCAUCGCUGCGGGCAUGAAGUACUUGGCUGACAUGAACUACGUGCACAGGGACCUGGCAGCCCGAAACAUCCUGGUCAACAGCAACCUGGUCUGCAAAGUCUCUGAUUUUGGCCUCUCCCGUUUUCUGGAGGAUGAUACAUCUGAUCCCACCUACACCAGUGCCCUGGGGGGGAAGAUCCCCAUCCGAUGGACAGCACCUGAGGCCAUUCAGUACCGAAAAUUCACCUCAGCCAGUGACGUCUGGAGCUAUGGAAUUGUCAUGUGGGAGGUGAUGUCCUACGGCGAGCGGCCCUACUGGGACAUGACCAACCAAGAUGUGAUAAAUGCCAUCGAGCAGGACUACAGGCUGCCACCACCCAUGGAUUGCCCAAAUGCCCUCCACCAGCUCAUGCUGGACUGCUGGCAGAAGGACCGAAACCACCGACCCAAAUUUGGGCAGAUUGUCAACACCUUAGAUAAAAUGAUCCGAAACCCAAACAGCCUGAAAGCCAUGGCACCUCUCUCUUCUGGGAUGAACCUCCCCCUGCUCGACCGCACAAUCCCGGAUUAUUCCACCUUCAACACUGUGGAGGAGUGGCUGGAUGCCAUCAAGAUGAGCCAGUACAAGGAGAGCUUUGCCAGUGCUGGCUUCACCACCUUUGAUGUAGUAUCUCAGAUGACUGUAGAGGACAUUCUACGAGUUGGGGUCACUUUAGCAGGACACCAGAAGAAAAUUCUGAACAGUAUCCAGGUGAUGAGAGCACAGAUGAACCAAAUCCAGUCUGUGGAGGUUUGAGUGAUGUGUCCUCCUCCUCCUCCUCUUCCUCCAGGCUCUGCUCCCCUUUGCCCCUGUGUGUCUGAGCUCCAGGUCUUGAGUGUUCUGCAUGGACCAGAGACAAGCAGCUGCUCUGAGGAUCAUGGCAAAAGGAAAAAAUGCCCUGGCAUUAAUACUGAGAAGUCACCCAGAGCUUCUAGAAUCAAAGCAAUGGAAAAAGGGAACGAAAAAGAACAACAACAACAAAGAAGCUACUGUUUUGGAAAAAAAAACCACAACAAACCCACAAAAAAACCCCAACAAAAAGAAACCUGUGAAAUGUUUUUAAAUAAUAAGCAAUUGCAUCCUUGAAAAGGGCUCCAAGGCCAAUGGGAGUCUCCAAAGGAAGAGAAAAUAGCAGGUUCAUCUCUUUCCUCUUGCACAAGGCUGCUGCAGCUGGGCCCAGACACCUCUGGAGCAAUGAGACUUUUUCAAGAAGAUGAAUGCAAGAAGAUGAAGAAUCAUCAAGAAGAUGAAUUCUCAAGGUGUGAUGAGAAGCACUUCCCUUUCUCAGGUGGGAUGGGGGCUCUGGGGAUGUCCUGGAGCCAACAGUCCUUCCAGAAAGCCCCUCUGAGCAAAUCAAAGGGGAGAGAGAGCUGAAGCUCUUUGGUGCUGUGGAACCAAGUGCAUCUCAGAAGCUGAUAUGGACUGCUUCAAAAGUUGAAGACUUUUUUUUU